GGUCUUCUCUAAUUAGACAUUAUACAAGAAAUAUGAGCAGCCAAUUUCAAACCGUCAAUACUACUAAAGCACCUAGUGCUAUUGGGCCUUACUCUCAAGCUAUUAUUGCAAAUGGGUUUGUUUAUGCUUCAGGACAAAUACCCGUUGUUCCUGAGACAGGAAACAUUAUAAGCGAUGAUGUUAAAGAACAAACGAAACAAGUUAUAAAAAAUUUGACGAAUGUACUUGAGGCAGCAAAUUCUUCAUUGUCGCAGGUUGUGAAAACUACUGUAUUCAUUAAAGAUAUGAACGAUUUUUCUUCAGUAAAUGAAAUUUACGGCGAGUGCUUUGGAAGUAGUCGACCAGCUAGAGCUUGUGUUGAAGUAUCUCGUUUACCAAAAGAUGUUAAGGUUGAAAUUGAUGCUGUUGCUCUUGUGAAUAGUUUUUUUGUAACCUCAAGCUUCUCGAAAAUUUAAUCUACCAAUUCGAUUUGGUCUUUUAGUCUGACUUUCUUUUUGAUAAAAUGUUCUAUUUCUUUAAAAGUC